CAGCCCAGUCCACCGCCAACUUCCCUCUUUCCCCUUCUCCCCUCCCCAAAACCUGACCUCCUCGCCGCCGGCCAAUCGGGCAUCCGCCAUGGCCUACCUCCCGCCCCACCGGCGCCACUCCAGCAGCUCCGAGCCCGCCCCAACCCCUUUCCCGCCCAUCUCCUCCCUCCAGUCCCUCUCCAUCUCCUCCCCUCGCGGUCGCGGGCGUCACCACCUCCGCCCGUCCAACAACAAGAUCAUCCACGCCGCGGGCUGCGUCUCCCGCUGGUCCCCGCUCCCGCCCUUCCCCCCCGGCCCAGACGACGCCGAAUCUUUCCGCCUCGUUCCCUUCCCCUGCGAUCCCAUCGAGCGCGAGACCGGCGCCAAGCCCCUCGUCCUCGCCCUCUCCUCCCCCCAAAACUCCUCCGACUCCACGGAGGUCGCGGUCGCGGCCAUCGUCGAGAGGUUCUUGCCGGACCUCCUAACCGCGGCGGAGAGGGCGAGGGCGACGGCGACGGCGCACGAUGCGCCCACGGAAGACGAGGAGCUGAAGCUGAGCCUCGUGGCAAGGGUGGGCAAGGUCCUGUUCCAACCCGGACCUAGCGGCGGACCCGUCUCCGUGGACUCUGUCCGCGACGCAGCAAAAGCAGGGGCAGAAGGAUCGAGGAGCCAGGUCCGUAAAUCUUUCUAUACGAAUUUGCCCGGCAAGUGUGUGGAUGAGAUUGGGAUGUAUAUCGGGAAGCUGACGGAUCUGAAGUUCGAUUCAUCAAAAAAGCACUACCAUGUUAAGGUGUUUGACAAGCAGCGAAGUGACACGACGAUGUCUUGCAAAUGCACUGUGCAAGAGGAUGGGAAGCUUGUGAUCCACAAGGUUGAAUUGAACCAGAUACGGCAGCUGGUGGAAGACAUAUCCUGCCUGUCCAAAGAUUUUGAUUUAAGGCUGAUGUUGCGUACAAAAAGGAUCCUGAAGAACAUAGACCCUGAAGUGGAAAAUGCCAUAAAGAGCUUAGUGUCUUCAGCUAUUGUUGAUCCUGAUGCCAAAGGGGGACUUAAAUGGCCACUUGGGUUUGAGUCGAUUGGUGAGAGGUUCAGCAUAGUUGGGGUGUGGCAUACAAGCUAUAGUGCUUUCAGGAAUAAAACCUUAAGGUUGAAGCUCAGGUGUGCUGACCGGUUUGACCACCGGAGCUCCACUGGAGAGAUUUCCAAUGAAGUUACCUUCAAACUAACUGGCAUAUCUGAGAGACUGCAGGAUGGGAAUGAAGAGGUGGACACUCUGAAGGGGAUGCUGGAGUCUGCGGUGCAGAUGAUCUGGGACACUGUUUUGAGCUACAAGAUCUAGCCUUGAGCUUGGGUAUGCUGACAUACAGAGGGAGUACAUUGCAUUGUCAUUGUGUGCCAUACAGUUGUUUGACGAUGCUUUGGUCUUCCUUGCUAGUUGCUACUGCAAUGGGUGUGGGUCUGCAGCCCCGCUGUCUAUAGAGUUGUAGUAGUAUUUAGUAGUGAAUUACUGCAUUGCCAUGCUGGUUAAUUGCACGGGAAUGCGGUUUGUGCUACCUGCUGAGUUGCAAUUUUCAGAUUGUUCGCAUUUCAGUUUU